AUGGACAACAACAGCGCGGACCGAGAGGUAACGGCGCUACUCGAGCAGCUACAAGGCGCAAGCAGUAACGCUGAACAGACAGAGUUGUUUCAUCAGGUGCAGGAGAUUGUAAAGCAUCGUGAUCCAUCAGGUCAUGAGCGACACGUUCUCCGUAGUGUGCUGCCUUUGCUUGGACAGCUUGCACAGCUGCAGAAUGCGGCACUUGUGGCUUCGAUCUUGCAGCUUGUGGCGCAGGAGGUGAAGAUAGCAGCAGAUAAAAUAGAUACAGCGUCAGUUGAGGUAGUAACCGCGACAUCUGCGCUCUUGGCGGGACUCUAUGACGUGUGUCACACUGUCUUACUGCUUAGCUACUCGACGGAGAAGAAUGCGAUCUUGGCACUGCAGCUAGUGCUUAAUAAUUUGCACGCAAGCUUUCAGAUAAUGCUUCGGGUAGAAAGUAUUGAGAAUUACGUGGAUGAGGAGCCCAGAAGGUGCUGGGAUAAUACGAUCCGCUGUUUGCAAGCGGCGGCAGACGUUGUGGCCAACCCACCCGAGACAGGAGACGGUAGUCACAGCGCAAUGGUAUGGUUACGAGCGUGGAAGCUGCUGGAGAGUGGUGUGAUGCUUCUCAGUACGGCGCAAGAUGCAUCAGUGUAUCGAGACCCAAUGCGGUCUAACAUACAGCCGAAUAUCUGUAGUUUGGACCAGUUGAGUAACACGAAGCAGAAGAUUCUGAACAAGUCGCAACUGGAGGAUUUUGGGGUUGUUAUGUUGCAACGCAUGUGCGGAGUUGCUGGAAGUGCAUCGGAAACAAAACUCCCGCUCUCUAGACGGGAGUUGAGUGUGGUAGUAAACACCCUGUCACUGCUUGCAGCUGUGCGGCCGCAACAUAUGACGCAUAUUCUGCCUAGACUUACUUCUCUCUCCAAUACAAUCUCGAUACCUGCAAUACAGAAAACAUUAACGGCAAAUUUAGUCAAGCUGCUUAGCCACCCGGCGGCACAGGCAUUUGCCGAUGAGGUGACGGACGCUUUGAUUGCUGUAGGGGCGUCUCAACGCGCAUUUGCCGCCAUUAGUAAGAGCAAAGAACAACGAAGAAAGUACACAUCUGCACCGACGGAGGCUUCACUGCGCAGAGCAAGGAUUGGUAAACGCACAGCGGCACAGUCCAUCACCGAGCGAGUGGAGAAUGCCAAUGCGAACGCCAAGCGCAGACGUGUAAAUCUGUCGGGGUCGUCAGCUUCUCCGAUUUCACAAGAGAAGGUGACUCACGACGGAAUUGUAAAUAUGCAAGCUGUAGAAGUAGCGAAUCUAGUGCUGGAGAGCUUUGCUUCCGACAUGCCCACUCCAGCACCACCUAACCUUCAAUUGGAGUUAGUGCCCAGCGCAUUGAAGACAAGAAUGUCUACAUUGCUUGCAAAGCUUGCAACUCCUUCAUCAGCCCUUGCAAUUGAAAAAAGCGCCAAGCGAAUGCGUGACCCUCGCCUCAGACGCGAUCCAAGACAGCAAGUGCAAAGCAAGGAACAGCCUGCACUUGUACCAAUUUUUGAUGAGACAGUUGUCGAAGAGGUGAGCGAUUGGAUAUCAAAGAAUGCUGCUACGAUUGCGGAGCCGCUAGUAUCUGUAUCGGAGGACAAUGUAGUCCAAGUGCAUUUGAAGUCGGAGACGUCUGCUUGGCGUCAUGAAAUGGCUGUUGAUGCUCUUGUUCGGAUCGUGGAAAAUGAAUAUGGGGUAAAAAUUCGAGGUGAUGAAUCAUUGCGUGAAGGCAUUAUUUGUCGGCUUGCAACAAACCCAUGGCUUCUUUGCACGGAUGAAAACAACGCGUUGGAGACGUUAGACAAUUCACCGAAACUGCCAUUUGUUUAUCGAAAGAUUUUGGAUUUUGUGCUGGGCGAUUAUUCUGUGCGCUCAACACUCGCAACAACUUUGCUUUGCCAAGAGUAUAUCCGUGCUACAUCUUCUCAGUUAAGCACCGUUUCCACCAAGGAAGUAGCGGCAUCUGGUAGCUGUGCUGCUUACCAUGUUUACCGGGCAUCCGUUAACUAUUUCUUUGAUGCGCUCCAAAAAAAGAUGGAUCUUACUUCGUCGGCGGACAAGAAACUAUUUGGAGUUCUAGUAGCGCAAUUGCCACGUAUUCCAGUGGAAAUUCUUCGCAUCAUUGUAGCGCUAUUCAGCGAGAAGGCUGGAAUUGUGCUAGGCAUCAGUUUGCUGCGUGAUCUAGCAAAGGAACGAAAGGUGUGCCAGACGCCGUGUCUAUUAAUCCUAUUGCGAUAUACAUGUCAUAAGGACGAGCACUACCGCAAUUCUGCCAUCCGAUGCGUGGCGAACCAAAUGUAUGGAAUCAGUGCCCUCAAAACCGGCAUCGAAGAUUUUGCGAUUAAACUGGUGUACUCGCUACGAGAACCAAUAAAGCCCAGUAAGGAGAGCGCAUCUGACGACGAGGCUAUGCCUGAGGUUGCAAGUGAGAACGACAAUUUUGAAAAACCAAUUAUCGAAGAACCGACUGAAUCAGGGGAAAAAGGCGACAACUGGUUGAAGAAUCAAGUAAACCAAAUUGCUCUUGCUGAUAAAGUCACUUGUCGCGAGCUUGACGCUUAUGCUGACAAAAUUCAAGAAAAAACUGAUCUUUUGAAAUCUUUGGAUAGCGAGCAAGAGAUUCUCCGGCGGUUGGAACUGUACCUGGCGCUGUGCGCAAAGAAACCACCACUUUUGACACACGUGGUGGCAACGUAUGCAUACGCUUCGGAGACCGUACGCCAAGUGGUUUUCCGUGCAAUUGAAAAGCUUAUCAAGCAUCUCAAGCAACGCGGAAGUGCAAAUGUUGUCGCUCAAUUGCACGGGUAUGAGCCGAACGCCCUUGGAUUGGUUUGUCACGUCAUUCAGAUCUUGUCAAUUCGAGGUCGGCCAAACGAACCAAGCUCGUCGGGUACGGAUGAGCUCGUCCAACAAAUUUUGGAGCUGUAUCAUAGCCAUGGACACAUUCCAGACUCUAUCUCCGUUCUAAUUCCGAUCUUGCCCAGCAUCCGUGGCGAGAUCUUGUUCCCAUUAUUGCCUCAGCUCCUGUCCCUACCCCAAGCUCGGCUUUCAGUCGCUAUUACGCGACUAUUAAAGGUAAUGCCUCCACAAGCGGUAGCUCCGAUUGACUUGCUUGUGGCGCUACAUCAUGUGGAUCUAAAAACCGAGCCAACCAUGCAAAAGAAGGUUAUCAGUGCUAUCAAUUUCUGUGUGGAGCACCGCCAUGCUUUUCCGUCGGAUGUGUUGCUUCACGUGUGUCGUGUACUGGUCCAGGAAGAAAAGAUUUCAAAACUUUCGCUCCGCACUCUUAUUCUCAGCGUAACAGCAUAUCCAACGUUACAGCGCGACAUGGCAUCGCUCUUAGAGAUUCUUGUUGACAGAAAGGUUUGGGAAAUGGAGGAUGCGCUAUGGAAGGGUUUUGUCAAGUGCUCGGCACUCAUUCAGCCGGCAUCAUUCCCUCUGCUGCUUCGCAGACUUCCUGUUGCUCAGCUUGCACUGCUGUUGAACGAGGAAAAGGAGCUGCGUGGUCUCAUGCGUGAAUUUACUGCCAGUCCUGAUGGCCAACCUCUAGACCUUUCACCUGAAAUUACUGCGCUCCUUGAAGACCCGUGCGAGCAAGCCAAGCAUAAAAACAUCGAUGACGUUGAAACAACGGAGCUAGCAGUGAAAAUGGAGAUAAAUAACACUGACCCGGUUAAGUUGGAGCCUAGCGAAGAAAGCUGA